CUUAGUCAUAACAACUUUAAUCAUGUGAUAUUGAAACUUAUUAGGGAUAAUCCCAUCCGAUUUCCAGGUAUACGUACGAGAAAACAUUGAAUAUGACUUGAGACAACGGGGAUGAUUUAAAUAAUUAUGAUAUACCUAUAUUUUAUUAAAUAUAUACUGACUGCUGCUGGGCUCGUGAGCUUUACUGGAUUAUAUUUCCAUAUACACCAUAAUUCUGCCAAUGGACCCACUGGUAUUGUUGCAGACGAUGUAAAUCAGUUGCACCAUGAAGAACAUAUCUUGGAUUCUAACGACCAAGGAACAACCACAUCUCUUCAGAACAAGCUACAUUGGGAAAACAGUGAAAAUACAUCAAUUGAACUACCAUCUGAACUGAAACUGAUAUUAGAAGAAAAAUAUCCCAGGUUUAUAUUUUGUGAAAUAUGCAAGAAUUUGGUAGCAUUGAUUAACAAGCAAAUAAAUCUAAAUUAUACAUUUAAUAAAUUCCGAGGACCUGCUGAAAGUAUCUGUCACAAAGUCACUCAUAUGAUAGGGUUAAAUAAGGCGAUCUGUCCGGGAAUAAUCAGCGCUUAUGGACCUCCAGUAUUGUACAUAGCUGAUCAGUUGUUACUCGACCCUAUACCACUGUGUCAAAAACUCAGUUUUUGUUUACCAAAAUAUUUUCAAGAGUCUGAUGAUAUACUUUUACAUAUCAAAGAUGAACAAAGAUCAACCUCGCAAUAUGAUUUAAUUCAUAAUACCUCCACAACAGCAACCAAACCAAAGAAACCAAUCAGAAUAUUACAGAUCUCCGAUAUUCACGUUGACAAGCUUUAUAAAGCUGUAAGAAAAUAA